AUGGAAUUUCAAGAAAAAGAAGUUAUUCUAACACCUAAUAGAAGAGGACGUAAGAAAAUAUCCGAUAAAUCUACUGGGAAGAGAGAAGUUGAAAAAUCAAAACGAUAUGUGGCUAAAGGACCUCCAAAAAUACCACAAUGCGUACAUAGAAAUUUAAAACAGGGUAAUAAAUGUAACGAGUUGACGACUCAAGACUAUAGACGAAAUGCAGUGGAUGCAUUUAGGGUGAAUGUCAUCCAUGCCAGGCAGCAAGUGCGUUCGCCCGUUACGAACAUAGCACGCACCUCUUUCUUUCACAUUAAGCGUGCCAACAUCUGGCUGGCAGCAGUGACCAAGCAAAAUGUAAAUGCUGCUAUGGUGUUUGAAUUCCUGUUAAAGAUCAUUGAUGUGAUGCAAUCAUACUUUGGCAAGGUCUCCGAGGAAAACAUUAAGAAUAACUUUGUGCUCAUAUAUGAGCUGCUAGAUGAGAUCUUAGACUUUGGUUAUCCACAAAAAUCUGACACAGGAGUACUGAAAACCUUCAUCACACAACAGGGCAUAAAGUCUGCUUCUAAGGAGGAACAGGCUCAGAUCACAUCACAGGUGACAGGGCAAAUUGGUUGGCGAAGAGAAGAACCGGAGAUUUGGUUUGCUCAGGUAGAAGGACAAUUCGCGAUUUCAGUUGGGCAUUCCUAUUUGCCACCCGACCGUAUAUUUGGAAAUAUCGAAAGAGAGAUACGCCCUUUAGAGGUGAUUGCGGAACCCGAGGUUUAUUUUGAUAUUUUCAAAAGAUAUGGUAAAGUUAUUAGACUUGGAAGUGACUUCCAGUUUUAUGACUGGAAAACAAGCGUUACAAAUGUGCUGAAAUUACCAGGAUCUUGGCAUUUCAAAUUUAAUGCUUCUAAAAGAUUUUUCCUGAGAAAGGAUAAGAAUAAUAAAAUUGGAAUCUAA